CAUUGGUUGUGUUGAUCGAAGGAAUGCACGCGCGGAACUCAUCACCAUCUCAUUUUCUGAAGGACUUUCUAUCUCAGGGAGACAUUGAAAACGAUAUGGAGCGUAUGUAGUUGAAAUAUUAAUGCUUCAAUAUUGGUCCAUGAUGUUGAAAGAGAUUUGAUGAAGAAGGAUGCCCGUGCCUACAGGAUCGUCAGACCCAACAUCAGUAAUGAAUAAAUAUCGCAACAAUGUCACUGUCCUUGCAGACUCAAGAUCGACUGAUGAAACCCGGUUGAAAGCUGCUCAGGAGAUUAGUGAAAAUUUUGAGGUGAUCAUCUCGUCAUCUCAGUACCAUAGCUUCCUGGAGACGGCUAUCCCACAAUUCCUGAGAGUCUUGAAAGAUGAGAAGCCUCAAUUCAUUGCUGAAUCACCACUCCAGCACCUGCGGAAGCUUCUGCUGGAGUUGCUCCAUCGGAUGCCGACCAACGAGCAGCUGAGGCAGUUUGUCAGGCAGAUCCUGGAGCUGAUGUUCACUCUCCUUGAAACAGAGAAUGAAGAGAAUGUCUUGGUCUGUCUGAAGAUCAUCAUCGAGCUUCACAAGUAUUACAGACCAACCAUGCAGCCAGAGGUUCAACACUUCUUGCAGUUUGUCAAGUCUGUUUACAAGGAUAUUCAAGUCAACAUAAAAACCUAUUUUCUUGAUGUGAUACCGGGUACCCCAGCCCCAGACCCUAUGAACAUCCAGCUGUUUGUAGAUAAGGCUGGUUUCUCAUGUCAGACUAUCAUCACUAUACAGCAAGCAGAUGGGCAGAAAGUACAGCAAACAAUCUUGCCGAAAGGUGUGAAUUCCUUAAAGGUACUUGCUGAGUAUCCGAUCAUAGUGGUUCUUAUGUAUCAGCUCUAUAAGCAGAAUGUACACAACGUAGUUGCAGACUUUAUACCAUUGGUCAUGAAUACUAUAGGAUUACAACCCACACAGCAGGCAAGAGCCUCACCCAAUUUCAACAAGGAGAUGUAUGUGGAUUUCAUCGCUGCCCAGAUCAAGACUCUAUCAUUCUUGGCCUAUAUUAUCAAGAUAUAUCAGGAUUUGGUGAACUCGUAUGCCCCACAGAUGGUGAAAGGCAUGCUGGGACUGUUUGGUAAUUGUCCGAGUGAGGUAGCUCAUCUGCGUAAAGAACUCUUGAUCGCGGCUCGGCAUAUACUUGGCACCGAUCUAAGGAACAAGUUUGUUCCGAGUAUUGAUAAGCUGUUUGAGGAGCAUGUUUUGGUUGGCAGUGGAUGGACAAGCAAGGAAUCCCUGAGACCACUAGCCUACAUCACCCUGGCUGAUCUAGUCCAUCAUGUCAUGCAGCAGAUACCAUUGCAGCACUUGUCAAUGGCAGUUUGUCUCUUCUCAAAGAAUGUCUACAAAGAAUCCUUCCCUUGUAGCAUCCAAGAAUUGUUUUUAUCCUCCCAGACUGCUAGCAUACAGCACACUGUCAGAUCUAGUUCAUCAUGUCAUGCAGCAGAUACCAUUGCAGCACUUGUCAAUGGCAGUUCGUCUCUUCUCAAAGAAUGUCUACAAAGAAUCCUUCCUUUGUAGCAUCCAUGAAUUGUU